AUGCGCUUCCGUAUUGCAAAAGCCUCAUCCUUCGAGCCAAAUACAAGCCAUGGUCGUCGGAAAACGCAUUACCACAACCCAAAAUCCAUCAAAUUGGACUCUGCUAGGUAUCAGAUACCACCUUCUCCGAUAGGCUACGAAAUACCACAGGUGUGGAGUCAUCAUGUGUUCCCUUUGGUUCUAGAUAAAUUCGCAGCCGGAAUUGUGGAUACAAGCAUAAACAGCAGCAUGUUCGUUACCAUACCACGUAUCAUAUCUAGCUCACAAGAGGGAUCCCCUGUGUAUGCAGUCUGCGAUGCCAUUGCGCAUGCAUAUCUAGCUACUGUGACUGGAUCACCAACGGAAGUUUUGAGAAGAGAUCGGGCUUAUGGGACCGCACUUAGGGCCGUCAAUGCGGCUCUUACCGAUCCUACUCAAUACAAAAAUGACAGCACAUUGUUAUCGAUCUGGAUGUUUGUAGUGUACGAGCAAGCUAAAGCACUCAUCGCAGGCCGGGAGUCUCCCCAAGAAGUAUUGACUUGGAUCUCCAAACUUCGCCUUUAUAUGAAGCCAUCCGAGUCCAUUUCCAUUCAGGCAUGUCAAUUUGCUUACCACACUACCCGUAUCUGUAGUGAAAUACGAAAGGUGAAAGAUAACCCGAAGAUCACGUUCACAUUUCAUAAAUCUAUAUUGUCACAAAUGCUCGCGAUACAGAAGACUUGGGAUUUUUCAUGCGACCUAAUUCAACCUUCAGAAUCUUUCAUUGGAGUACAUUCAUAUCAAGGAAACUUCCAAAUGCAUCUUUCGGCAAGCGUUCUCAAUCUCCACGAUACUACCUACCAGGAAGACUAUUCGCACCAACACUAUACUCAUUUUGCCCCGAUGAAAGAACACUGCAUUGCCACCUUUCGCAAUGCGGCAACGCGAAUCCUACACAUGCAAGGUACUUUCCGAAAUAUGAAUCAUCUCGAACUCGGAUGGGGAGAUGCGGUUAUGAUAAACGGGUCCUUGAGAACUAUCGCAACCUCUCGUCUUUCAUUACCCUGGCAGGUCUACGCAGCGAGCAAGGCCCGAGCAGCGAUCAAGCAGCGACUUGGUUUUUGA